UGUCCAAAGUACCCACACCUGUCAGGCGCUGCACGAAGAACACACUGUCUAGACCCUUCUCCGUUUCCUUUGUUUCCGAACGAAGAAAUCUCCCUUUCUAUCUGCGUAAUCAUUUCACUUUCCUCGGAAUUGCACUAUAUCACACUGUUUGAACUGGCUUCUCUGUGCCAUUAAGGAAAAAAAGGUAUUUUAGCGCAUUUUAGCGUAGCGACGUUGGUUUCCUCGGAAGGGGUCGAGGAAUAUAUUCUUCUGGCUCUGAAUUGGGUUUGCAAGCAAUCCAAACGCUUCCUGAUCCGGUUUCAGAUCGCCAUCUGUCUGUGUAACGGACUUUUGUAGUUUGAGUACGGAGGAAAUACUCUUUUUCUGGACGAUAUUUAAAAUAUAAAUGGCUACACUUGGAGAUAUUGGAGUUUCGGCAGCUAUCAACAUUCUCUCCGCAUUCAUCUUCUUUGUGGUAUUUGCCAUUUUAAGGCUUCAACCUUUCAAUGAUAGAGUGUACUUCCCUAAGUGGUAUCUUAAGCGUCUAAGAACAGACCCAACAGCGUCAGGAGCAGUAAGCAAGUUUGUCAAUCUGGACUAUAGAUCAUAUUUAAGGUUUCUGAAUUGGAUGCCAGAUGCACUGAGAAUGCCAGAACCUGAACUCAUUGACCAUGCUGGAUUGGAUUCUGCUGUUUACUUGCGUAUAUACUUGAUAGGAGUCAAGAUCUUUGUUCCUAUAGCCUUCCUUGUGUGGGCUAUCUUAGUGCCAGUGAACUUUACAAAUAGCACUUUAGAGCUAGCCAGCAAGAUAGCUAAUGUAACUUCUAGUGACAUUGACAAGUUCUCCAUUUCAAAUGUCCCACUUGGAUCACAAAGGUUUUGGGGCCAUGUACUGGUGGCUUAUGCCAUUACAUUCUGGGCAUGCUAUGUGUUGCUAAAGGAGUAUGAGAAAGUUGCCUUUAUGCGGUUGCAGUUUCUUGCAUCAGAAAAACGCCUUCCCAAUCAAUUUACGGUCCUUGUCAGAAAUGUUCCGCCUGACCCUGAUGAAUCCGUGAGUGAGCUUGUGGAGCACUUUUUUUUAGUCAACCAUCCAAAUCACUAUCUUACUCAUCAGGUUGUAUACAAUGCAAACAAGCUCGCCAAAUUGGUCAAGAAGAAGAAAAAAAUGCAGAACUGGCUUGUUUACUACAAUAAUAAAUAUUCUAGAGAUCCCUCUAAGAGGCCCUUCAUGAAGACUGGUUUUCUUGGGCUUUGGGGAAAUAGAGUGGAUGCAAUUGACCAUCACAAGUCUGAAAUUGCGAAACUUUCAAAAGAAAUAGCAGCAGAGGGGGAAAAAGUUACAAAUGAUCCAAAGUCUAUAAUGCCUGCAGCAUUUGUUUCUUUCAAAACUCGAUGGGGUGCUGCUGUUUGUGCCCAAACGCAACAAUCCAGAGAUCCAACUAUUUGGUUAACAGACUGGGCCCCAGAGCCACGUGAUGUGUAUUGGGAAAACCUGGCUAUUCCAUAUGUUUCCCUUACAGUUAGAAAGCUAAUUAUAGGUGUUGCAUUCUUCUUCUUGACCUUCUUUUUCAUGAUCCCCAUUGCAUUUGUACAAUCUCUAGCAAGUCUCGAGGGAAUUGAGAAAGCAGCACCAUUCUUGAAGCCUGUUGUUGAAAAGAAGUUCAUUAAAUCAGUCAUCCAAGGUUUUCUACCUGGGAUUGUGUUGAAGUUAUUCCUGAUUUUUCUGCCAACAAUAUUGAUGAUAAUGUCUAAAUUUGAAGGAUUUAUCUCCCUAUCAUCUCUUGAAAGGAGAUCGGCCUCUAGAUAUUAUCUUUUCAAUUUUGUAAAUGUAUUCCUCGGGAGCAUAAUUACUGGAAGUGCAUUCGAACAGCUAGAUUCAUUUAUUCAUCAAUCAGCAAGCGAGAUACCUAAAACAAUUGGUGUGGCGAUUCCAAUGAAAGCAACUUUCUUCAUAACUUAUAUUAUGGUUGAUGGAUGGGCUGGUAUAGCUGGGGAAAUUUUAAUGUUGAAACCUCUUAUUAUUUACCACUUGAAGAAUUUCUUCCUGGUGAAGACAGAAAAGGACAGGGAGGAGGCAAUGGAUCCAGGAAGUCUUGGUUUCAACACAGGAGAACCUCGUAUACAAUUUUAUUUUUUGCUGGGCUUUGUGUACGCUACAGUGACACCUGCUAUACUUCCUUUCAUAAUCAUUUUCUUUGGCCUUGCCUAUGUUGUGUUCCGUCAUCAGAUUAUAAAUGUUUAUAACCAAGAGUAUGAGAGUGCGGCAGCAUUUUGGCCUGAUGUCCAUGGGCGCAUUUUAACUGCAUUGGUGAUUUCACAAGUGCUUCUUCUGGGAUUGUUGAGCACAAAAGAAGCUUCCCAUUCAACACCGUUUCUUAUUGCACUUCCAGUUCUAACCAUAUGGUUCCAUAUGUUCUGCAAAGGCCGUUAUGAACCGGCAUUUGUUAAAUAUCCCUUACAGGAAGCUAUGAUGAAAGACACUUUAGAACGUGCAAGGGAACCCAGCAUAAACUUGAAAGGCUAUCUUCAAAGUUCAUACAUACAUCCAGUUUUUAAAGACUGUAAAGAUGAUGAAGAUGAGGAAGAAAAUGGCGAAAACUGGGAGAAUGUGAGUGUAAUUGUGCCCACAAAACGCCAGUCCCGAAGGAAUACACCAGUACCCAGCAGAGUUAGUGGUGCAUCCACCCCCUCCCUGCCUGAUGCUAUUCAAGAACACCCAAAGCCCUAAAAAGAUGGCAUUGUAAAUUAAAGAACACGACCAGUGUAUACAGACAAACAAAAGUGGUCACAACCACCUUUAGGAAUUCAAGCAAGCAAUCUCUUGUUUUUCUUGCAGUUGGUGGCAAGCAUGUGAUGACUCAGAUUACAGGCUGUAAAUUGAAAAAUCCUCUUGACCCUCUAUCAAACAA